UGGGUUCAUCGGAUCUCAGAUUACCUUGUUCCCGAAGGUCAGCAAGCAACUCACCUAAUUUCGUUCAGGACAGCCGCUUUUUCCAUCUUGUCCUGCGGCACAAAACGUUUGUUCCUCAUUAUCCUCCAAGCCACUUUCUGGCGACCCUUUUCCCGCAUAAUCAUUUUUGGUCCGGUCAGGUUUUUGUUCGCUUCUUGUUUGUUACGUAGUAUUACUUGUCGUUGCUGCCAUUAUUUUGAGCACGCGCGUUGCAUUCUUUGACGUCUCCAGAUAUCCACAUUCCACCCCAAAACAAUAUUGCGUCUCCGCCGCCACAGUCCCGGAAUCCUUCUCAUGUCAGCCUAAUCUGUACCGUCUUUCCAGUUUGCCCACGUCAGCACAUCUUUGAGUCUUCUCAAGGUGUUCAUCUAGGCUACUGUACAUAUACCUUGAUGCAAAAAGGGAUGGUUUUUACGGCACCGUAAUCGUAUUUUACUUUACAUCCUUUUUUUUUUUUUUUUUUGGGCGAGAGUCCACGUGCGUUCGUCUGAAUUCUUCAGCAGAAGGAGCCCUGCAGACGUGGCUAUCGGUUCGCUGGCGGCAUUAGAACGUUUGUCAACGUCCAGCUUCGCGCAGUUUUGACGGUCGAAAUUCAGACCUACUAGCUGAACAGGCAGUUCGGCGCAAUUUUUUUUUCUGGGUCCCAGGAACAACCGUCUAGGGCCGCCGUUAGGCGCAACGGCGCCACUAGCAGCCGUCAACGCAAAAUGGCGUUCAUCCGGCAAACCAUCACGCUCGUCAAGAAGAACUUCCUCAUCAUCCUCUGGCGCCAUUCGACAGCGACGGUACUUCGCGCUUUCUUGUUGCCAAUCUUCCUCGCGGCAUUCCUCAGUUUCGCCAGGUUCUUCUUUGUCCCUCCGGCGCGCAAUGGUGUCGCCGAUUCGCUAGCCAUCAGGUCGCUGGGUGAUAGCUUGCGCGUGGCGGGCGAGACGUCUAGAAACACAGUCGUCUUUGUCGAUGGAGGUCACAAAACUGGCGACAUUGACAGGGUCAUUAACAACCUGACCUCUCAGGUUGAGGAUGCCGGCAAGACUGUUUUUCGACUUGACAGGGAAAAUGAAAUCCAGAGGGUGUGCAAGAGCUCGCUGAGGGGCGUAUCCCAAUGCUAUGGUGCCGCAGUCUUCAACGGCUCACCCGACUUUGGCGGAAUAUGGAACUACACGCUGCGCAUGGAUGGCGCCUUGGGUCCGCUUGGUCGUAUUGACGUUGAAUCGAACACUCGGGACGCCCAGAUCUUUGUGCUGCCGUUCCAGCGCGCCGUCGACGCUGCCAUCACCGGCCUCAACUCAUCCAGCAACUCGAGCCCUCUGAGCAAUUCGCAUGAAUAUGUUUUCACCAGUCUCACCCAGUCGGAGAGGGACGAGGAAAUUCGGGUGAGAUACCAGCAGGCCGUUACGAACUUUAUGGGAGUUGCCUUCAUCCUUGCCAUCAUUGGAGUCUGCUACCACUUGACCGGCUUCAUGGCGACGGAGCGGGAAAUCGGCAUGUCCACACUUAUCGAGUCCAUGAUGCCCACGAGACAACGCUGGCAGGCACAGGCUGCACGGUUGCUUUCAUACCACAUUGCCUUCGACGUCAUUUACCUGCCCGGAUGGAUUAUUGGGGCGCUGAUCCUGCAACUUGGUGUGUUUCGCCACACCAGCACCGCCAUGUAUGUCUUUUACAACAUCACUGCCGGCCUGGCCCUCUCUUCCAUGUCCAUUUUUGGGGCUGCCUUCUUCAAAAAGGCUCAACUGAGUGGUGUUGUGGUUACAAUCGUCUACUGUGUGCUUGCCAUAGUCGCCCAGGCCAUCUCCUACCCCAGUACUGCGCAGGUUACGAUCCUGAGCCUGCUGUUCGCGCCAUGCAACUAUGUAUACUUUAUCGCAAACACUGCUCGAUGGGAGGCGAAAAAGUGGCCUACCGACUUGACCGACGUUCCGCCCAACAGUGCCUGGGACAUACCGGCUAUCUGGCUUUGGGUUUUCUUGAUCAUACAGAUCAUUGUAUACCCGAUUGUGGGCGCUCUCAUUGAACGAUACCUUUACGGUACAGCCACCAAGGGCCGCAACAUUGUUAAUGGAGGCGAAAUGGGAGGCGAAGCUGCGGUUCGACUCGAAGGCUUCACCAAGAUCUACAAACCUGGUUUCAUCCGGCGCAUGUUCUCCUUCAUCUCAAAGCCCAAGCCGGCCGUUCGCGCCGUUGAUGGCCUGACGCUGAGCGCCGGGCGUGGUCAGAUUCUCGCGCUUCUGGGCGCCAACGGCAGUGGCAAGAGUACCUCGUUGGACGCCAUUGCCGGUAUCAACAGGUUGACCAGCGGUAGCAUAACGAUUGAUGGAACUGGAGGCUUGGGUAUCGCACCGCAGAAGAACGUGCUAUGGGACGAUGUCACCGUCGAGGAGCACAUUCGGAUCUUCAACAGCCUCAAGGCGCCCGCCAACAAGUCCAGCAAGGAAGAGAUCCGCCAGCUCGUCGAGGCCGUGGAUCUGACCAAGAAGAUCAAGGCCAGGUCGAAAACUCUCUCCGGUGGCCAGAAGCGCAAGCUGCAGCUGGGUAUGAUGCUGACGGGUGGAAGCGCAGUCUGCUGCGUGGACGAGGUCUCGAGUGGUCUGGAUCCGCUCAGCAGGAGAAAGAUCUGGGACAUUCUACUGGCUGAGCGCGGCAAGAGGACCAUGAUUCUGACAACCCACUUCCUCGACGAAGCAGACCUGCUGGCCGAUCACAUUGCCGUGCUUUCCAAGGGUACACUGCGCGCAGAAGGCUCUUCUGUUGAGCUGAAGAACAGGCUCGGCGGGGGUUAUCGCAUUCACUUCCUGAAGACCAAGACUCUUCAAGACGGCCCGGUCGUUGAAGGUGUUACCAAGAAGGUCUCGUUCGAUAUUAUCAGCUACAUUGCUCCUUCAUCGGCGCUUGCUGCCGAAGUUAUCCGGACCCUAGAGGCCCAUGACAUCCGCGACUACCGCUUUUCUGGACCGACAAUCGAAGACGUGUUCUUGCAGCUGGCCGAAGAAGUCAAGGGCGAAACUGACGCCGCCUCAAGGGGUAGUCACCUCGCGUCGGCGAGUCUGCAGGGAGCCAACGCGGAGAAGACGUAUUCUUCGGAAAUGGUCACCCCAGACGCGGAUAAGGACAACCUCGAGCUGAUGUCUGGAAACAAGGUUGGAAUUCCUCGACAGGCCCUUGUUCUGUUCCGAAAACGAUGCACAGUCUUCAAACACAACUGGUUCCCCUCAUUUGCCGCCUUCAUUAUCCCCAUCUUGGCAGCAGGCCUGUGUACGCUCUUCAUCCGCGGACAGUCCCCGGCGGGGUGCUCCACGCAGGAGACGAGGAGUGGACAGGACAUCUUUAGUAAUGAUGAUAAUGACGGCAACUCGCUUUUGCUGCUCUAUGGGCCUACGUCUCCAACGAUAACGGCCGCCCUGAACAGGACAAUAGCUUUAAUCAGGAAUGGUCCGGGCGACUCCACCGGCAGUUCAGCUGGCAGUCCCAACGGUGGACAAUCCUCGUCAUUGUUCAAUAUAGAGUCCGCCACCUCUUUUGCCGACUUCAACAGGGGUAUCAUUGAUAAUCGGAAGAAUGUCACACCUGCAGGCUUUUGGUUGGGAGACACCAACAACCCACCGACCCUGGCUUACACCUCGGUUCCGGAAAUGCAAAAUGCCUUCUUCGGACAAAACCUUAUGAACAUGCUCUUGACCAACACAACACUGUCGGCCAAGUAUGCCGCUUUUGACACGCCGUGGCAAGACAAUACAGGCAACUCACUCCAGCUGCUUGUUUAUAUCUGCCUUGCACUUUCUGCAUACCCGGCCUUCUUCGCUCUGUACCCCAACGUCGAAAGGAGACGUUUCGUUCGUGGGUUGCAGUACUCAAACGGUGUCCGGCAAUUCCCUCUCUGGAUCGCAUAUGUCCUCUUUGACUUUAUCAAUGUCGUUAUAUCAUCGGCUAUUGUCAUAGGACUCUUUGUGGCUAUUGCGGAUGUUUGGUACCACGCAGGCUAUCUGUUCCUCAUCCUCGUCCUUUACGGGCUGUGUGCGAUUCUUUUGUCCUACAACAUCUCGAUAUUUGCGUCUAACCAGCUCUCAGCGUAUGCAUUUGCUGCCGGCUUCAACGCUGUCACGUUUCUGGUCUAUCUGAUCGGCUACAUGGCGACCAUCACAUUUGCCAGAGUUGAUCGGGUUGACUCGUCUCUCUUGGUUGUGAACUUUGUUGUGUCGGCCUUUGCGCCCAUCGGCUCUGCUGUCCGAGGAUUCUUCAUCGCGCUAAACCUCUUCUCAACGACGUGUCAGGACCAGGAGUUGGCGCCAAACCCAGGAGGAUUCCUCCAGUAUGGCUCUCCCAUCAUGUACCUGAUCAUCCAGGCCAUCUUGCUCUUCUUGCUGCUCCUCUGGCUCGACAGCGGCACCAUCAGGGCUACCUGGCAGCGUCUCUUUGGCCGCAAGAACAAGAACGCCAACCAACAAGCUGCCGACAUCUCUGACGAGGAAGUUGCCGGCGAGCUGGUGCGCGUCACGUCAUCGGCCACAGAUCCCUCGCGGCGCAGGCAAGACACCAAGGGCGCAGAUGGCGUCAGUUCAUCCGACAAGGACGGUUUGCAGGUGGUGCACGUAACCAAGACGUUUGGCAAGAACACGGCCGUCGACAAUGUCACCUUUGGGGUCAAGCACGGCGAGGUGUUUGCGCUACUGGGCCCCAACGGUGCCGGCAAGUCGACCAGUCUGAACAUGAUUCGGGGUGACCUCCAGCCCUCGCCCGGCGGCGAUGUCUUUGUCGAGGGCGUUUCGGUGUCCAAGCAGUUGGCCGCCGCCCGGGCCAACCUUGGUGUCUGCCCACAGUACGAUGCCAUCGACGUCAUGACGGUGACAGAACAUCUCAGGUUCUACGCUCGGGUCAGGGGCAUUGCAGACGUCGACCGCCAGGUCGAGGCUGUCAUCCGUGCCGUCGGGCUCGAGCUUUUCCGUGACAGACAGGCGUUUGCGCUGUCGGGUGGUAACAAGCGCAAGCUUUCUCUGGGUAUUGCGCUGAUGGGUAACCCGUCAGUCAUCCUCCUGGAUGAGCCGUCGUCGGGUCUGGACGCGGCCGCCAAGCGAAUCAUGUGGCGCACUUUGGCAGGUACCGUUCCCGGGCGGUCGAUUCUGUUGACGACGCACUCCAUGGAGGAGGCGGAUGCACUAGCCGGUCGUGUUGGAAUUCUGGCCAAGAGGAUGCUUGCAAUGGGCUCGGCAGACAACCUUCGACACCGCUUCGGCGACCUCCUCCAUGUUCACAUCGUACUCAAGGGCGCGCCCCGCACGUCGGACGCCGACGCUGAGCGCGUGCGAAACUGGAUCGUCCAGACCCUUCCGGGCGCAGAGGUCGAGGAGAAGGUCUACCACGGACAGCUGCGGUUCUCGGUACCGGCCAGCGUGGUGUCGGGCCAGAAGCAGCGGACGACAGAGGGUGGGGAGGGCGACGAGAUCACGAGGGAAGGCCAGGCCGCCGCCAGCAGUCGCAGCUCGCAGAGCGCCGUCGGCAAGCUGGUGGUCAUGCUCGAGGAGAACAAGCACCUCGGCAUCGAGCACUACGCCGUCAGCCCCACGACGCUGGACCAGGUGUUCUUGACCAUCGUGGGCAAGCACAACGUCAAGGAGGAGGGAUACAAUGAGGACGAGAAGCCUACGGGCUGGAAGAGGUUGUUUAGUCGGCGCAAGUAGAUGUGUUUCUUUUUCUCUUGUGGUGGAUUUCGAGCUGGCGGUCGUCCGUCUCCUUUUGGUACACAGGACAUGUUUUUUUUUCUGAACGCACAAGCAUUCCUUGCAUAUAUUUUUCUUGGAUUGGUAGAGCUUCUUGCUACAUUAUUAUUAUCCAUUAUAAAACUAGACUUGUCAGUUACAAAGAUGGUUGUAUCCACGCAUGCAUGGUCUGAAAAUCUCGGCGGGUGUCUGGUGCAGGUUUAC